AUGGGUCGAUGUAAAGAUGAUCAACCAGCGGUUAGGGUUUAUACAGUUUGCGAUGAAUCAAGAUACUUGAUAGUACGUAAUGUACCAGCUUUGGGUUGUGGUGAUGAUCUCAUGAGAUUAUUCACAACUUACGGAGAGGUUGAAGAAUGUAAACCUAUGGAUGCAGAGGACUGUGAGGAGUUCACGGAUGUUUACUGGAUCAAAUUCCAACUCAUCUCUAAUGCCAGAUUUGCAAAGAGGAAGUUGGAUGAAUCAAUUUUCUUGGGAAAUCGGCUCCAGGUUUCAUACGCUCCCCAAUUCGAGAGCCUCGAUGACACAAAGAAUAAGUUAGAAACAAGGAGGAAACAAGUGCUUGCAAGAUUGAACCCCCAGAAAGCCAAGAACACCUCUCAAGUUACAAAGUUGGCUGGACACGCUGUAGCCGAAACAGACAAUUUCUCCCCACAAAGUAGUUUGCAAAGAGAGAUGGAUUAUCAAUUCCAUAGAAGAAACGCUCCUGUUACUCGAGUUUCAUCUGACCAGGACUACUUUGCGUCGUCUUCAAUGAAUCGAACCGUUCGAACUGUCAGGGACAAACUCAAUAAGAUUCAAGAAAGUGGUGACAUGAAGAGGUUGCAACCUAGCAGCCAAAAUCUGCAAACAGAACCGGACUUCAAGAGAACCCGAGUCGAUAACCGAAGACGAAUCUAA